GUUGCAGUUUGCACAGUUUAUUGUAAAUCUUUGUUCUUGUCACUAUUUUUUAAGUGGUGGUAUAUGGUGUAGCAACCCUGUUUUCUUUUCGCGAGAGUUCGUUUCAAUUUUCAAUCCAAGUUUCAAUCUAUAGAAGUACAAGUACAAUCUUAUUAUUUAUAAUUAUAUACUCUUUGGCUCUUUGGUUUGAACUGGAAUAAUGGCGGCUAUGUCCCCGUCGGAGCGGAGAUUACAGAAAGAACUUAUGGCUCUUAUGAAAGAACCUCCUGCAGGUGUUACAGUCGACGGAGACCAAGCUAGUCAAAAUUUAACAUUAUGGACAAUUCACAUGGAAGGAGUUCCCGGAACAUUAUAUGAAGGAGAAAAAUUUGUACUUCAAUUUAAAUUUACAAAUAAAUAUCCAUUUGAUUCACCAGAGGUGACAUUUGUGGGUAAUAACAUACCGGUUCAUCCGCACGUGUACUCCAACGGGCAUAUCUGUCUGUCUAUCCUGACGGAUGACUGGUCUCCAGCGCUGUCCGUGCAAUCCGUCUGCCUCUCCAUCGUAUCUAUGCUUAGCAGUUGCAAGGAAAAGAAACGACCGCCUGAUAACUCAUUUUAUGUGAAAACCUGCAGUAAAAAUCCUAAAAAAACAAAAUGGUGGUAUCAUGACGAUUCAGUAUAAACCCAUAUGACGGCGCUGCUGUUUCGAGCAAUGGACGU